AGGUCACAAGGGUUAAGCAAAGCAGUUUGAUAAAGAACAAUUGUGGCCUUACAGUCUACCUUCAAUCAUUCAAUAAUUUACUUUGAAACUAUCUUCCGUAUCGAUAACAAGUUUUCUAAUUUAUAUUGUUGCUAAAAAAAUUUUAUAACUGAGACAUAAUUAUCAAGUGAUUUAUUGUUGAUAUUAGAGAUUGUAUAUACAAGUGAAAAAAAUGUCAGAGGUCGAGAAAACUCCAGAAAAAGAUGGUGAAAUCCAAUGGCAUUGGGUCCUUUGGACUAUUCAUCUUUACAUGUUAGGCUCUUAUGGAGUUUAUACUUUGUUAGCUAAUGCUAUGUGGAUAACAGUAUUUUUUGCAAUAUUUAUCAUAUUUAUUGGUGGACUUGGUAUAACAAUAGGGGCUCAUCGUCUUUGGGCUCACCAAAGUUAUGAAGCGCAAUGGUAUAUAAAACUAUUUUUAAUGAUAUCUCAUACUUUAGCCGGAGUUGGUCCAAUUCAUGAUUGGGUUCUAGAUCACAGAGUUCACCACAAAUAUUACGGUACUAAUAAAGAUCCGUUCAAUUACAAUCGAGGAUUUUUGUACAGUCAUUUGAUUGCGAAUAUUAAAAGCAAACCAGCAGAUUUUGAAAAAAAUUCCAAGAUUAUAGAUAUGAGAGAUAUUGAAACUGAUGGUUACGUCUGGUUUCAACGAACAUUUUAUUGGCCUCUUUUUAUAAUAGUUGGAUUACUUUUGCCAAUCAAUGCACCUGCUGAAUACUGGGGUGAAUCAAUUGGCCAUUCAGUAUUAGUUCUUGGAUUUUUCCGCUUAUUAAUAUUACGUAAUAUGUGCUGGUUAAUUCACAGUGGAGGACACAUUUGGGCUCUUCAACCUCAUGAAAAAUUUCCACCUGAUCAUACUUUGGUAUUUCUAAUAAGCAAAUCUUACUGGCAUCAUUAUCAUUAUCUACUACCAUUUGAUUGGAAAUGUGGAGAAUUUGGUUCUUAUGAUCAAGGCAUUGCCACGAAUACAUUAAAAAUACUCCAUGUUUUUGGUGCAGUUUCAGGAAUGAAAACUGUAUCAAGUACUAAUGUUCGAGAAGCUCUUUAUAAAGCUACUUCAAAGAACAAAUCAUUAUCUGAAACACUUGAAGAAAUUAAAGCAGCUGCAGAAUUAGAAACUGUUAAGACAAAACUCCAAUAUCAACAUCAUUGACAAUAAUUGAAGAUAAAGAUAAUUGAAUACUUCUGAAUGUAACACUUUAAAAUAUUAUUCAAUUAUAAUUCACUGUUAAUUUCAA